AGAGGUUUCUACUGCAGAGAGCUUCUACUUUGCAGCUGGGAAGAUGUCAACUGUACUAGAACAAAGUGAAAAACGUUAUGACCCUGAUGAUCACACUCUGAAAUUUGUGAAAGGAAAAGAUGAAAUCACAGGAGAUGAUGAUCCCAAUAUUUUGCGGGCAGAAAUGUCCUGCAAACAUGCAGUAGAUCCAAACUCACUGACUGCAUGGUGUCGAAGCCUUCUGGAUCGGGGUCAGUACAAGUUCUACUGCCCAGCACUGAAAGAUGGAACAACAGAGAAGUGUGGCCAGGAAUGGCCCUAUCACGAAGUUCGCAAAUUGGCAGUGCUGACCAAUGAGGAGCAGCGACACUUUGAGGAAACAGUUGCUGUGUUGGCUGCAGCCGAGUAUUGUGAAUACAAAUCAUGUCCUGGAUGUGGAACAUUCGUUGAACGCACAGACCUGAAUAACCUGAAUGUUUGCUGCAUCAUCUGUACUGCAGAGAAAGGAAAUGCUUAUGAGUUCUGUUGGCAGUGCAUGAAACCAUGGAAGGGGCCUGGCCCACGUUCUGACCGAUGCGACAAUGAAGGGUGCACCAAUGUAGAAUUGGACACUCUUCGCAUUUGCCCAUUAAUCAGCCUCUGUGAUAGUGUGGUGAAGAAUUGCCCUUCCAUUCGAGCCUGCCCAACAUGCGGUAAGCUGCUCGAACAUAACCAGAAGGGAUGUAAAAAUAUUUUCUGUUGCAGGUGUAAUGUUGAAUUUUGCUUUGUCUGUCUUGAGCUGACGCGAACAUGCCAGGCAAAAAGACCAGGGUCAUGGUAUAAUCUCUGUGCCAAAGGAAUUGCACCAAGGCAAACUUCAAUUCCAAUGUGGAAUCGAAAUGGUUCUCAAUAAGUACGUUACAGAGAAAACAUGGCACCAACUUCCACCUGUACACUGAGGGCCCUCAGCUUCAUCUUACUAUCACUCUUCCAAUCAUUUGCUCCCUUUAAAUUAUUGGACUCUUUGUUUUACUUUCUAAUCUGAACUAUCAUCCACCAUUUGAAAAUUGAAGCAAUGACCUUCAGCCCCCAGCGGAGACAUUGUUCCAUUGCCACUGACUCCAAGCUUCUCCCUGGCAGUGUCUGAACCAGAUUAUUUGCAACAUUGCUGUUAUACAUGGCUUGAGUCGAACUUCAGAUCUCAUAUCUGUGCCAUCAUUUACGUCACCUAUUUCCACAACUGUAACAUGACACAGUUCUGCCUCUGCCUAAUCUGUAUCUUUGUGAUAUGUAAAAUUCACUAUUAUAGUGAACACUUGCUGGCCACCUUUUUCUCUCUGUAAAUUUGUACUCAGUGAAGUCUCUGCUGCCAGUGCCCAAACUUACACAGACACCAUCUCGAGUAGCUACCUUGCAAUUAAGAAAUUCCUUAGUUUUGAAGUUUUCAUCAUUUUCAAACCCCUUCAGUGAUCUUCCCUUCUUUCUGUAAUCUCCUCCUGCUCUACAACCCUCCAAGAUAUCUGCAUUCCCUUUAAUAUGAGCCUCUUGAGCAUCGGUGAUUUUCAUCACUUCAUCAUUUCCAGCUGCUGUGACCUUAAGUACUGUAAUCCCCCUCAGUCUCACCAUAUAUCUGUCACGAACAGUGACUACACUUGUCUCAGUACCCUAUUGGCAGUACAAGUGAUUUGCAAUGCCACAUUUGUUGCUAUAUAAAUGUAGAUCUUUUUUCCUUUGUAUCUCUUAUAUUCUUCUGCACGGUAAGAUCAGAUUCAGUAAAUAUAUUGAGAGAAACAGGAUGGGAAGGAAAAUAUAGUUUUUGCUUUGUUGUAAAUUCUAUAGCCAAAAGAAUCAUGAAGAAUGGACUGCGUCACAGUUUCAGUAAACAUUGCUAAUCAGUCCUUUAUUUUUGCAAAAUUGAAGUAAGUGAAAACUUCUCAUUCAUUCCCAGUUAAAGUCGACAGAUAAAACGGUAUGAAAAUGAUGGUGCGAGUUAUACUCACGUCUUUAUCAUGGUUGAAAGAUUCUUAAAAUUUUCUUAAAUUCAGCUGUCCAACAGGCACUGAUAACACAGCCUGAUCAAUAGGAAAGGUUUCAAACUUGCUGGACAGCUAAAUUAAUCAUUUACAUAAAAGAAAGAUGGCUUGAAGCAGUCCAACAAAACAUAUGCUUUAGAGUCCUAUUCUUUUAUCAGAAUAAACUUUAAAAGAAGGAUCUCUCCAUUACACCACAAGCCCCCAAAUCUAGCACCUAACUGAAAAGUAUAAAACAGAAGGAGCAGGAAGUGACAGCUGCUCUAUUGAUUGGGACAAUUGUACAGUAAAGGCAAAAGCACCUUUGAAGGAACAAAUGCAUGAACAUAAUAAAAACUUGGUUUUAAUUAUAAUUGAGAGACACGUAUUGUAGACUUUGGUUAGCGUAGUGUAGCAGUUAGCGUAACACUUUAUAGUGCCAGUGACCCGGGUUCAAAUCCGGCCACUGUCUGUAAGGAGUUUAUACAUUCUCCCCGUGUCUGCGUGGGUUUCCUCCGGAUACUCCCAGUUUCCUCCCACAUUUCAAAGACGUACAGGUUAGGAAGUUGUGGGCAUGCUAUGUUGGCGCCGAAAGCAUGGCGACACUUGUGGGCUGCCCCCAGAACAGUAUGCAAAAAGAUGUAUUUCACUGUGUGUUUCGAUGUACAUGUGACUAAUAAAGCUAUCUUAUCUUAUUUUAUCUUAUCUUACUUCAAUUUUGCAAAUUAAGGGACCAAGAAGAAACUGAUCAAUUAUCAAUUAUCUCCAAGGGAUAGGAACCUCUCCUAGACUUUCAACAUAAAGAGAUCUGUGUUGUUUAUGAAGGAAUUGCUAUUAUUUGAUGUAGUCAAUGAUCGUAUCAACAGCCUACAGUGAAUGAUAUGCUUAUAAUUAAAUAAAUAAUGUUUAUGCAAUAGCA